UAUUUACGUUUCAAAGAGGAUUGUUGCAAUGUCUGGCGUUCAAGAAACUUUGUGCGAGCUUUGCCUCAAAACUGUAACCGUAAAUGGUUUUGAGGUAAUAGACAACGUUACUAGAGAUAUUUUAGAUGUUCUUUUGCUGAAAUUGAAAUUUGAUAGCGAAGGCAAAGAGGUUAUAUGUAACGUUUGCAGAAGAAAGUUAAACGCAGCAUUCGAAUUUAAGGCAACUUGUCUGAAGACCGAUUACGCAAUUAUUCCAUAUGUGGAUUGUGAAAAAAUGUUACAACUCGAUAUAAAAGAUGUGUAUACGAAGGAAAAGACAAACGAGUCAAUGGAUAUUUCAGAUGGUCAGAAAAUAUGUCGAUUGUGUAUGGAGCCAGUAGAAAGUGAGUAUAGGUGCAUUUGUGGAGAGGAACUUGAAGCUAUCGAGAAAUUGGCUCCUGAAAUGAAUAUAAAUAUCAUCAAAGAUCCUGUCGUAUGUAAGGAAUGCUUUGAUUCUGUGUGCACCCACAACAGUUUCCUAAAAAAUUGCUGGGAAGUACAGGAAAAAAUUACAGGUAUUUUUAAUAACGCAGCAACAGAAAGCCAGAUAGAUACGUCACCAUCCGAUUUAUUUGUUAAGACUGAAAACGAGGACAAAGAAUUCAAUAUCAACGAGAUGGAAAUGUCGAUCAAAGCUGAAAGUAUCGACAUAAAAUCGGAAGAUGAGGAAGGGAGCGACUCGACACUGCAGACCUCCGAUAGUGAAUCAUUCGAGAAGAGUGUCCUUAGAGAUGCAGAAGAGGAUGAAUGUAAACAUGAGAAUAUAUCCAUAAACGAAUGUAAUACGAAAGUCAAGCAGGACGACAAAGUAUUUUACAAAUGUGAUAAACGUAUUUACAAAACUGGAAGCAAAAGCCAUUUUAUAUCACACCGUGCUGAAGCAUAUAAAUGUGAAUGGUGCGUUGAAGGUUUUGAGGUAAUAAACGACGUUACUAGAGACAUUUUAGAUGUUCUUUUGCUGAAAUUGAAAUUUGAUAGCGAGAGCAAAGAGGUUAUAUGUAACGUUUGCAGAAGAAAGUUAAACGCAGCAUUCGAAUUUAAGUCAACUUGUCUGAAGACCGAUUACACAAUUUUUCCAUAUGUGGAAUGUGAAAAAAUGUUACUGCUCGAUAUAGGAGAUGCGUAUACGAAGGAAAAGACAAGUGAGUCAAUGGAUAUUUUAGAUGGUCAGAGAAUAUGUCGAUUGUGUAUGGAGCCAGUAGAAAGUGAGUUUAGGUGCAUACGCGAAGAGGAACUUGAAGCUAUCAAUAAAUUGGUUCCUGAAAUGAAUAUAAAUAUCAUCAAAGAUCCCGUUGUGUGUAAGGAAUGCUUUGAUUCUGUGUGCACCCACAACAGUUUCCUAAAAAAUUGCUCGGAAGUACAGGAAAAAAUUGGAGGUAUUUUUAAUAGCGCAGCAACAGAGAGUCGGAUAGAUACGUCACCAGCUGAUUUAUUCGUUAAGACUGAAAACCAGGACAAGGAAUUUGAUAUCAACGAGAUGGAAAUGUCAAUCAAAGCUGAAAGUAUCGACAUAAAAUCGGAAGAUGAAGAAAGGAGCGGCUCGCUACUGCAGAGCUCCAAUCGUGGAUCAUUGGAGAAGAGUGACCUUAGAGAUGCAGAAGAUGAUGGAUACAAACAUGAGAAUAAAUCGACAAGCGAAUGUAAUACGAAAGUCGAGCAGGACCACAAAAAAUUGGAUAGCGAGGGCAAAGAUGUUAUAUGUAACGUUUGCAGAAGCAAGUUAAACACAGCAUUCGAAUUUAAGUCAACUUGUUUGAAGAACGAUUACGCAAUUAUUCCGUAUGUGGAUUGUGAAAAAAUGUUACAGCUCAAUAUAAGAGACGUGUAUACGAAGGAAAAGACAAGCAAGUCAAUGGAUAUUUCAGAUAGUCGGAGAAUAUGUCGAUUGUGUAUGGAGCCAGUAGAAAGUGAGUUUAGGAGCAUACGUGAAGAGGAACUUGAAGCUAUCGAGAAAUUGGCUCCUGAAAUGAAUAUAAAUAUCAUCAAAGAUCCCGUUGUAUGUAAGGAAUGCUUUGAUUCUGUAUGCACCCACAACAGUUUCCUGAAAAAUUGCUUGGAAGUACAGGAAAAAAUUGGAGGUAUUUUUAAUAGCGCAGCAACAGAGAGUCGGAUAGAUACGUCACCAGCUGAUUUAUUCGUUAAGAUUGAAAACCAGGACAUAGAAUUCGAUAUCAACAAGAUGGAAAUGUCAAUCAAAACUGAAAGUAUCGACAUAAAAUCUGAAGAUGAGGAAAGCAG